AUGGGGCAAGGUGAAGAGGUGAAGACAAGAACUGACCCGAGAGUAGAGAUCAAGGAAAGGGGUGAGAUAUUCUUCUUCUACAGACCAAAGGUGAACAAGGAAGAAGCCCACAGUGCCGAUGAUGUGCAAAGGCUGUAUGUUGUUCUCCGACCGGAAUCCGGCGAGCGGUCUGUGGAGGAAAAGCAGGCACCGGAUUCCGGCAAGGAAGGCGAGAAAAUGUCCGAAGAGGCCAAGGAUAUUGAAGAGGAGGAAGAUGCCGAUGAUGAGGAGAAGGAUCGACGUGGGAGCGAAGGUGGCCACGGCAGCGAGGAAGUGAAUAUUGAGGAGCAGCCUCUGUUCCGAUUCAUCGUCAUGGGCCGGAAAAGUCUGCCGGAUCCGAGCCAGAGGAGCCGACCCUACUGGGGUUUUGUUGAGAUGGUCACUACUAGAGCAGAUGAUAUAAAGACUGCUCUAAAAGGAGAGGAAUACGACACCGCAACCCGUGGCCACCGCCGCAAACCCCCAGCACGGGCACUCGCCGAAGGCAUCUACCGUAUCCUAAGACACCAGUCCGCCAACAAGACAGCCCACACUCACCUCAUCUACAAGUUAGAGCUCCCUCCUCCAACCAACAGAAGACACGAGCCUCAGGAGUCCCUCAACGAACCCGAAGCCUCCUUCGUCAUCCAAAUCAAGAACCCCGAGCAGGGCGCGCCUCCGCCGCACCAGUGCGGCCUGAGGGCGAAGCGCAGGGCGUUGUUCCCCGCCGGAGGCCUGCAGAGCCAGAUGGGCGGGCGGCGGUUCUCGGCGGCGGACCCGCCCGAUUUCCUGAACUACGAGGGGUGCGAGUUUUUGCCUGAUAGCGGCGUCGCGACGACCUGGGAGGAGCUGGGGAUGGAGCUGAAGGGGGAGGUGGCAGGAGGCGAGGCCGAGAAGUCGUGCUCGGACUUGAUACAGAUGUUUGGGGAGGUCGGGUCCGCUAAGCCUUUGCUUAGUGGGACUUGGGUGUAAGUUUUUUUGUAGUUUGCGUAGCUCAAUGCGGAUGUAGAGCUCAGGAGUUGGUUCAGGGUAUUGCACUGGGCUGUACUAGUCAUUAAUUUUGUGUAUGU